CGUCUCUAGCAGGCGGAAGGGACAGCUCGGGCAUCGCGUGGGGUAGGGCAAGAUUGGAGGGGAACCCCAGCGCUCGCCGGGGGAUGGAAAUCGGAGGAGAGAGCAGGCUGGGGCAUCGCGUGGGGAAGGGAAAGCUCGGAGGGGAACCCCCGUCGCUCGCUGGGGGGAUGGAAAUUGAAGGAGACAGAAACUAGGAGGGGAGCAUUUUAGGGCAUCGAGUGGGGAAAGGAAAGCUCGUCAGGGAUAUGGAAAUCGGCGGGAUGAUGGAGCUCGACAAUAGGGAUGAGUUUCCAGACCUAGGGAGCACGGAUAGCGCAACCCAAAGGAGAGGAGCAAAGUGCGACAACUCCAACCUGCACGAAAUGAAAAUAGAUAGCGGUGACAAGGAUAUGCAGCAGGGCGAAGGUGAUGCUCCAAUCACCCCUCAAACGAGAAAGUUACAAGGGUGGGCAGGCGUUGUUGCAGGUAGCCAGGAGUCGGAUUUUCAGGAGUGCCCAGCGGCGACUGUGGACAGAUCUGGGGAUGAACCCACGGUGGUCUUCCCUGCUGAGGCGUACCAGAAAAUGGAGGAGCAAUAUCGUUUUGCGGUUGUAGCUGGCUUCUAUGGAGGUAGAUUGAACAUGGGCAUGGAUUACAGGUGCUGUCUUCAUCCACUCUUCUCUACACCAUCCAAAGAUCAUCAUCACAAGUAGCAGGUUCUCAAGGGUCAUCAUCUCAAAAGUCUACAUGGACAGGGUCUGAAAUACUGUCUGAUCUCAUUAAUCCCCCUUUUUUACAUAACUGUGAUAGCCUAGGUGCCAUUCUUGUUUCUCAACCCCCUUAAUAGAGAUAACUAUAUUACAUAGAAUAGAUCAAGGAGUAUGGCUCUUAUAGCAAAAAAUAAAUAUAAAUUUCGUCGGCGGUUCAAUUUUGAACCAGAUUAUGAUUAUUUGGAGCAUAUGUUUUGGAUAUGUUGCAACAA